AUGGCUUUGCUCGUGAGAUUGGCCCUGUUGGCUCUUCUGCGGCCAACAGGAGCGGUCACAUUAGCGUUACAGGGUGGUGGCAUCCGCGCUUUGGCAUCAGAUGCAGGGCUUGUGGCUGGAAUAGCCAGGGUGAGCCACCUGAGCCACCUAAGCCACAAUGAGUCUAUUUACAAACAGAGUGGCGACAGUGACCAGACCAAGAUGGACACUCUGAAUGUGAUGCGAGUGCUGCAAAACUUCGACACAGUCUCCAGUGUGAGUGGCUCCUCGUGGUUUGCUGCUGAGCUCUUCUUCUCGAACAGCUUUGUGGAAUUGCUCAAAGGUAUAGCAUCCUCACCGUUCACAGCUUCUGUGCAGUUUGACCAGCAGUGGAUUCAACCCUGGCUCCUCGCAACCGACGUGCAAGAGCCAAAGUUCGAUGGCAUACAAUCUCUCGUUCGGCUUUGGGUGAAACUUUUGCUUGGCACCGGUGAUGAAGACACAAUCUUCCUGGCGCAGUUUUUCUUUGCCUCUGGCCUUUCUUGGAACCACUUUGUGGAUGUCCUGUUGAAGUCCACGGCAGGAAUUUCCGUCAAUAGGCAGAUGGGAUCGACACCUGUGUCUGGUGCAUCUCACACUUGGCUUGUGGACCACACAGUGCUUCUGCCAACUUCAGGAGCUUGCAUCAGACAAGGAAAGUUGAUCUUCCCACGGGUCACUUACGGUGCUGCUGCCGAUGGUGUAUUGCCAGCGUAUUUGCCAGCCAAAUUCAGCAUCAAACUUGGCUCAGGCAACAGCUCCGCACCACUUUCAUACAUUGCGCAACCAGAGGAACCAAUCCAGUUCAACUUUCGGGGCCUCUGUCUUGGUUGCGGCUCGGCAUCUUCUGGCGCGCUUUACGUCGAUAUGGCGAACGGUAGCCUGAUAAACUCCACUGGGGCGUUUCCCGUGGUUCAGACUGUUGCAGCUUCCUCAGCUGUCUUUGGCUCUGCUAUUGGUGGCUUUGUCUUCUCGGAGAUUGCAGCACAACUGACAGCAGAAGUCGCAGUGUGGAUUGGGACCAAGGGUUUUGAAGCUGCGGAUGAGUUGUAUGACACCCUUCAGUCACAUGUGGAUGCCGACUUGAUGUCUGAACUUGGUAAGACUGCAUUCCACGCUUUGAUCGAUGGCGGCUUUAGUGACGGCACAGGAAUUGCUCAAGCAGUGUCAGCAGGUGCCUCUGAAGUGGUUGUUGUGCUGAACAGCUUCUCCACAAAUCAGCCCGAGUAUGUGGCACAGCUCUUUCAAGGUGGUACGGUCGUGAAGCCUGCCGUGCCAAAGGAAUUGUUUCCAGUCUUUCAGUCUCCAAGUGCGUCAGCUGUGCAGACAGCUUUUACAGAAUUUGAAACUCUGAAGCUCCACAACAGUAGCUAUUUAAAAGUGAUUGCCUUUGGCAAGAUACAGGCGACAACAGCUGAGAACAAGUUUUUUGGCAUCCAAGGUGGCCGCGAUGUGACGCUGAACAUCAUCAACAUUUGCUCCGAAUUGAGCAUUGGCUUUUUCGCCAAUUUUGAGAAUUAUGGGCAUCUUGUGCAGGAGGUGGCCCUGACAAUUUCUGACCCUGCGAAUCGAGAUGUCGUUCUGAGCCAGUUGAUGCCAUUAUUCGACUCUUCAUUGAACUCCUUCCGGAGCUUUCAGUCCACACCUCCGCUUCGUAGGCAAUUCAUUUGA